AUUUGCAGUUUUACGAAGAAGCAGGGCGGCAAGACAAAACUCAAGUGCCCCCCCUUGAUACAUUUGGUAACAAGAACCAACACCUACCAUAAAUCCCAUCUCCUACUAACACCAUAUUUAUUAAUGAAGCUAGUUAUAUAGACAGAGAUAGAUACCAAAUACGAAGAACAACCCAACAUUUACUCUUCUUUUCUCUUACGUGAAACCCCAAACACCAAGCUUUCUCUCUCUGUUUCACUAACACUGAGAAAAGGACACUGUUUUCCCUUUUUUUAUUUCUUCAUCAGGUACCUUCCUUCGUUUUACAGCAACAGCCCACUCAUGCAAUCAACAUUUUCUCUUUAUAGAUGAUAUCACAGAAGACAAGUUAAUAAGCUAAGGGUAUUUCGUUUUUAAGUAAAUGAGGUGUAAGGAACAUUUAACUGACCUCAGUAGCAGCGUCGGCGUCUGCGCCACUUGUCUCCGGGAGCGUCUUCUUGCGGUCGUCGCCGCUCAGGCUCAGGCUCAAUUAGCACGCUCUGCUGAGAGUCGUCGGAAACCUGACCCGCCGCCGUUGGUUUUCCCUCGGUCCGUUUCUCCUUACGUCAGUCGACGGAAAUUUGACGACUACGGUGACAAUUGGAUCCACCACCAGCGAUUCUACAGCACUCCUCAGGUGGGUCCUACCUACGGAGCCACGACCAACGGGGAUUUCGAAGCGGCCCGAUCAUUCACGAAGAAAAACAGGGUCUCGCUUUUUUCGAAUCUGUUCAGGUCGAGAUCCGAGAAAUUUAAUUCGGAUCCUAACGUUCGUUAUCGUCGGGACUUGUCAGAUGAACCGUCCUCGUCCUCGUCAUCUCCGUCUUGGUUCUCGGCAUUCUUUGCUGUUCGUCGAAAAAAGCAGCAAUUUUCGAGAGCAACUCAUGUAGAAGAAUUCGGCCAAUUCGGUACCGGGGAUAGGAAAUCAUACAGGAUCACAGAUAGAGGAAUGUCGCCGGUGAUUGUAGCAGAUACGGGAGAUGGGUGUCAUCGAUUACCAUCGGGACUCUCGCCAGAAGCUUCCCCACGGUGGAAGAGGACACCGACGGCGGCGAGGAGCGGGGUAAAGAACGUAUCGGGAUUAGCUUUUUGCAUGAGCCCGCUGGUGAGGGCGAGUCCGAACCGGCACUGGAACCAGAAGAGCGGUUUGCCGCCUGACAUAUCAUUUACCGGCGAUGGUAGGCCGACAAUGAAACCCCAGCUAGCCACCGCAGCGGGGUUUUCCGCUAAUAGGUCGAGGAAGCUUGCUGAUAUGGGCACAGUCAAUUACAACCGUUUAGCGCGGUAAAUCGUUGACAUUUCACUGCAGAUAUUGUGAAAGUUAUAAAAUUAUCGCUUUUUACUUUUUAUCAAAUCUGGUCAAAAAGGGAACGUUACGGUUUUGGCAAGCUGCUUUUCUGCAGUUUUAUGCUGCGAUUUGUAAUCGUCAGUACUAAGUGUGAUUUUGUUUCCUUAAAAUGAGAAAGAAAAGGAAAAUAUGUCUACCAUAUCUAGUAAUAAGUCUAAUUAAAUCUUUA